GCUCCCUCGGCUUAACACAAGACAUCAGUCCAGUUUCUUUUCAACUGACUUCACGAGCAUCUCUGUCAUAAUGAAGAUGUUGGCAGGCCUUCUGGUGGUGAGUGUGUUGGCAGCAGUGGCCACGGCGACCACGCCCACGUGUCCCGAGGACGACGGCGCAACGCCCGUCUACUUUCCAGACGACACGGACACACACGGCUACUGGGAGUGCAGCAACGGCAAAGCCGUCCACAUGGUGUGCCCCGACGGACUCGUCUGGAACUCCAAUAUCAACGGCUGCGACUGGCCGGACUCCAGGAAGUAGAAGAUGCGCGCUUUCUGCAUCCAAAGAAAAGAUCUCUUACCCACUCAUCUUCGCCCUCCAACUCGAGUUUGUCAUCGGAAUCACACUGUCACUGAUAUAUUCUUCUAGAUCUUUUUUUUUUUCAGCGUUCUUGUGCCAUCUGAUGUUACAUUAAUCCAUGUAAAAUAAACCUGCAGCAAUAAAUAGCUGUUCUUCUACA